AUGAAGAUCCAAAUACUCUGUUUCUUCAUAACUCUCUUCAUAAUUUCUCAAACCACUGCUUACAAAUUCAAUUUCGAUUACUUUGGUAAUGGUUCUGAUCUAUUCACAUUCCAUGGUGAUGCAGAGUAUGGUCCAGACACUGAUGGUAUGAGCCGGUCUGGAGCCAUAGCUUUAACCAAAGACAAAGCCUCAUUCUCACAUGGUCGAGCCAUUUACACAAACCCAAUCACUUUCAAACCAAAUUCUUCAUCUCUUUACCCUUUUAAAACCUCUUUCACUUUCACCAUCACUCCUCACCAAACAAACCCUAACCCUGGUCAUGGUCUUGCCUUCUUCCUCACAUCAACCAACCAAAACGACGCCGUUUCCGGUUUAGGUUAUCUCAGUCUUGUAAACCGAACCAGUAACGGUAAUCCUAAUAACCAUCUAUUUGCAGUUGAAUUCGAUGUUUUUCAAGACAAGUCUCUUGGAGAUAUUAACGAUAAUCAUGUCGGAAUCGAUAUUAAUUCGGUUGAUUCGAUUGUUUCGGUUAAAUCCGGUUAUUGGGUUAUGACAAGAAAUGGUUGGUUGUUUAAAGAAUUGAAGCUUAGUAAUGGAGAUAGAUACAAAGCUUGGAUUGAGUAUAGUAAUAAUCUUAAAGUUAUCUCUGUUACGAUCGGUCUUGCACAUUUGAAGAAACCAAAUCGGCCAUUGAUUGAAUCAAAAUUCGAUCUUUCCAAGAUUCUUCUUGAGAAGAUGUAUACCGGUUUUGCCGGUUCGAUGGGUCGUGGUGUUGAGCGUCACGAGAUUUGGGAUUGGAGUUUCCAGAAUUAA